GCGCCGGGCGGAGGCCGCGGCGCGACAGUGGCCUGCGGACCAGCCCCGCACCGGGCCCCGUCUCCCACUGCAGCGUCCCCGCGUAGCGCUUCUUCCCGCGGGGUGGCUGAAAACGCUCCGGGAGCGGACUCCGAGGACCAAGCACGGAGACCGCAGCGGCUGGAAAAGCACUUGGUCCUGCUUCGAGACGGAAGGACACUUAUAGGCUUUUUAAGGAGCAUCGAUCAGUUCGCUAACUUAGUGCUGCAUCAGACUGUGGAACGUAUUCAUGUGGGCAAAAAGUACGGUGACAUUCCACGAGGGAUUUUUGUGGUCAGAGGAGAAAAUGUGGUCCUACUAGGAGAAAUAGAUUUGGAGAAGGAGAGUGACACGCCCCUGCAGCAGGUGUCCAUUGAAGAGAUCCUGGAGGAGCAGAGGGUGGAGCAGCAGACCAGGCUGGAAGCAGAGAAGCUGAAAGUGCGGGCGCUCAAGGACCGCGGCCUCUCCAUCCCCCGAGCAGACACCCUGGACGAGUACUGAACCUGCCAGGGCUCCUGCUGGAGAGCAGAGGGUGACCCUGGUCUCCACGCCCUCCUCGCAGGUGCGGCCAGACUGCGAGGUCUUGAAGCCACUGUUAUUUUCACUUCUUUCACGUAGGCAGCAUGAAGGAAUCAUGUGGUUUGGGUUUGGCGUGGCUUUCUGGUGAAGAACCACUGCAUGGAGAGACUCCGGCGUGGACUUCUUUCAGCAUGCUCCGUGGAGCUGGCAGCUGCGGGUUUACGCUGCCCACCUUCCCCCAAGUUAGCGUCUACGGGGGCAGUCUUCACUUACUUGUAAAUAAAACAAGAACCUCGAAACCGUCA